UAAGGCGCGCCCCCGCAGCCGCAGCCAAUCAAGAGCCGCCGGUCCCGCCUGUUUGUGAGCCAGAGAGAGAGAAGGGACCGCGGAUCGUCACGUCCGGAGCCUCCCGGGAAUGAUGGGCCCCCAGUGACAGGGGAUCCCCCCUCUUCCCCAAUAUCUGUCUCUUCCCCAUCCCCCCCUCCAUUGUCUCUCUCCUCCGCCCGCGCACCUGCUCCGACCCCCCCCAUCAACAUCAUGGGCUGCAUCGGAUCCCACAGUGCCGGCAGUGAAGGGGCCGCUCUGGACUGGAAAGGGUUAAAGGAUGCUGACCAAGGAACCACGGAAAACAGCUCUGUGCACGGCAGCAGCACCCACCGGCCUUCCAAUGAGACCCGCACUGAAUUCUCCUGGGACGGAUUUAAUUUCUCCAUGGAAGAUACCACCUCGAUCCUUCCUCGACUGAAGAGACACUCUAAUGCCUAUGGAAUUGGUGCUCUCGCCAAAUCCUCUGUCAAAGGUGUCUCUCGGACCAUGAAGGAUCAUGUGACCAAGCCAACUGCCAUUGGGUCAGGCCGUGUUGCUCACAUGAUUGAGUGGCAGAGUUGGGGCCAACCCCCGGCCCCCACAACUGAGACCACCCGAAUGGACAGCGAUGCCUAUUCUGACCUGAGUGACGGAGAGAAGGAGGCUCGUUUCCUUGCAGGAGUAAUGCAGCAGUUUGCCAUCUCAGAGGCAACUCUUAUGGCCUGGUCCUCCAUUGAUGGGGAGGAAGAGAGCAUCAACUCCAACCAAGAGAGACAGAGCGAGACCUACCAGGAGCUGCUGGAAAACCAGGAUAACAUUGGGCAGACGCACUCUGAUUGUUGGCCGCACUCCUAUGUGUCCCAGGGGCUGUACUGUCUGGGCUCGUCGGAGGCGUGGGCGAGCAGUGAGCAGUCUAUGACGGGGUCCCCUGUGCCCCCUGGAGAACCAGACUGUAUCCCGGGCCCCGAGUUUGAGGAGAGACAGCUGGAGAACAUCUGUGAGAUUAGCCCUCAGCUGCUGCACUCUAAAAUCUCCCCCAUGGAAGAGGACGACGUGUUGUGUCAUGACCUGCAGUCUCUGUCGCCCCAGCGGGAGGAUUGCGAGACCCCCCCACACAGCCGCAAGGUGUCCGACGUGGCCACUUCAGGAGUGCAGUCGGGGGAGGAGGAAGAGGAUCGAGAGAUGGAGAACUGAGAGUGUGUGCGAGACUGCUCUGUGUGAGACGCUCUGGGUGUCAUUUAUCAUGGGGAGCCAUGAGGGGGACAUGUAAGUUUUCAUGCGGUCGCUAUGCAACAAGUUGGGUAGUGACCGUGUCCCUUUCGCUCUCAGUGCGGCGGGAAGUCUGUGUCUUUCUAGUGUCUUUUAUUUCGGGGGGUCCCUGCGUCCAACCCCCCCCAUUGUGAUAUCAACACUUUGUGUGAGUUACCUCCAUGCACGUCACAUGCAUUCCUGCCCCCGCGCCAUCCCCACAGCAGGGGGGUCAGUGCCAUUCAUGGGGUGCACGUAUUAACGCUGCAAGUGCUGGGGGCUGUGACAAGCCUUCAGACAUCACUGGGCACAAUUCUAUGCAUCUGACACGGCCUUGUUGGAAAUGGGAAACGGGGAGUGGCACUAAAUUGUCCCUUCUUGUUGUUUUGUGUGGUGUCCGACUUGUGUUGUUUAUUUGUGCGACGGUUCUGCAGUGUUGCCCAGUCUCCCCAGAAGGGCGGCACAUUGGUCCCCAGGCUGCAUUCAGGGGGCAUUGUCGGCCAUACAAACCAAUCAGCUUCCUCAGGAACUGCUUUUUCUUUUCUCAGUGGGCAUUACAUUUGCUGGCCGGCCAAUCGGGGGGCUUUUUAUUGAGGUUUCAUACCCAAAGCCAGUUAAAACUCAUUGCUUUUCUUUAACAGCGCAGUUUUAUGCUCUCCUUAUGCACUUCAGUUAAGAGCCCAGGUAUGGAAGUGGGUGGGGAGGAAGAGGCCAGUGUUGCCCCCCAGGUGGCAUUUUUUCUGUGAAUGAGUAGUUUUAGUGUCAGUAGAAUAGACCGUAGUGACAUAUGAAUGGCAGUUCCCUCAGUUAAAGGGAAACUAUUUGCAAAAAAAUAAAUAAAUUGUGUAACCACA